AUGUUUGAGUCUUUCAUCUCCGUCACCGUCCCAAACACGCUCCUGAUCUUGGCCGAGUGCCAGAAGCUGUUCCAGGCCUCCUCCACCUCCGUGAACCCGGCUAGGCUUAUGGGCACGAGCAUCCAGACCUCGUCGCCAUCAAAGUCAGCGUUGGUGAGCGGACAGAUCUUGAGCGACGUCCUAACCAAGUUCACGCCCUCUCCUGCCCCAUUACGACCUUCAUCAGCAACGCGCUGUCAGACCCCUGCAAGGGGCACCUCCCCAACACGACCAUGUCUCCGACCCAGCUACAUCACGAACAGGAGCAACCAUCCUGACAAGUGCCCGCUGUGCGGCGAGUCCAAGAACCUGUCCACGGCCAGGUUCGCGCACGUGAGACUGGGUCUUAAUAAGGCUCCUGAGAUGAUCAUGUGCAGGUACAAGCCUACGAACGAGAUCGUAAGCGGGAUCUUGGCCAAGAUGUUGACCCUCAACAAGAUCUUAAACACAGACCUUAAUACGGCCAGGAUCACGAACAUGUCACCGAUCCUGAACGUAGAGGUGGAGUUGAGGAUGAACCCGCACAUGUCCGCCGUCGUCUACAAGAGCAUGGAGUCGGGCUUCUUCGGGCGUGCGGAGUCGGGCUCGAUCAGGGAGGAGAUUAAUCCUGGUAUCAAAUUGGCAAUAUCAAACGAGUACGAGUUUAGGGAUGAGAUUACGGGGCUUGAGUACUACGCAACGAUGAACGAGCUCAGAAUCGAUGUAAUCUCCUUCUCGUCCAAGGUCAAGUUCAUAGGCGUGGCGUCGCACCAAGGCAUCAGGUUAGUUAUAAUCCAGCUCGUGGAUACAGUCGGGGGCCUCGCGUCGCUCAGGGGCUUCAUCAACUCCUCGUUUGUGGAUGAGAUUAGGAACGUGGACUACGACGUAGUAGGUAUCAAGAACCUUGACGUGUAUAAGGGCUUAAGCAUGCUCAAGGCCAACGGCAUAAAGGUGCAGCUGACCGUGCUGAGCUACACCAUCGCGAGGAGCCACUCGAUUUUGGUCCCGAUAACGUGUACGCUCAACGUCCUGACCGCGGAGAUAACGGUGGACGGGAGCGUCGUCUUUAUCAACAAACUGUGCGUGGAUAGGAACGUGGUCAAGCCCACGAAACCGCACGUGAAAAGGCCGAUGACCGAGUUCGAGAAGCCGCACAUGAUAAUACGCAAGUGCUGGAAGUCGGCCUCAGACGUACCCAAGAACCCAGUCUCAAGCAUGAACCACGACGGGCUGGCGUGCAUGACUAUGUUCAGGACCCUGAGGUUGAAGAAGCCCAUAAUCGACAUCCUCUCCACGAAUGGGGUCUUGUGCACGAGGGAGGGCUCGAACCUGAUCACGAUGGCACACGGGCACCCGCGCAUGGUCGAGGGUUCGAUCUACGAGAUAAGCGUGGACAAGAGCAGGAACCUGAAUGAGGUCACGCUGUCGAAUCCGGUCGAGAGGUUGAUGAAAGACUACGUCUAA